AUGUCUGUUAUAUUCGAUUAGUUGGAUAAUAUCUAAUCACUUAGAUUUAGAUUUACUUAGGCAAUCAAGUUGGGAGUCUCUCUAUAUUACAUUGAAAAUUGCACAUUGAAAAGACUUGUAGUUACUGACAAUCAAAUUGAAUCAUAUAAUGAGUCUGAGGCUCUAAAUGUCUUAUCAAACGUGUCACAGAUAUGUUCUGAUAGUAAAACUUUGUUUUGUUUGCAGAGUAAUGGUGACCUCUAUUAAAUUGACUAAUAACCAAAAUUGCUAGUAUCUGGAAAGAAUUAUAUGAACAUUACUCCAACAACUGCUAUUGAUCAUUCUGGUAGAGGAUUUUUUUGGAAAAAUAAUAAACCUAUCUAUUCUCAUUGUAAACAUAUCAGUGCCUAUCAAGACAAAAUGACAUUGAUAACAAUUGGUGGAAAGAUCUUUAACAUUGAGAAUGGCAGUCAAAUUCCUAUUUAGUAGUUGAAUGGCUUGGGAGUUAAUGGAUAUUUUAAGAAAUCAUUGUUAUUCUAGUUUGGUGGUAUUGCUAUUACUGAAAAUGGCGAUGCCUAUUGCUAUAAUACUAAAAUGAUUAAACUAAAAACAUCAAAUCUAGAGGAUAUUUAAGCUAGCAGUAGAUUUGUGUUUGGAAUAUAAGGAAAAUACAUUCUGUAAUGGAAUCUAGAAGAUUUUUAAAAUCAUUAAUUUUUUGUAAAUUAGACCUUGUUUAAGAAAAUGAAUUAUGGGCAUGAAAUACAAAUUAAUUGUAAAAAGAAAGAAUUUUAGGAGGUCAAAUUUAUAUUUGCAGAUUAAUUCUCUUAAUUCUGUUGUGCUUCUAUUUAAUCAAUCUCCAAACAAAAUUAGAAUGAAUAAUCUAUUUCAGCUAUUGAAAGAACUUUUUGUAGAAGCACAGUCUAAAACUUAAAAUAACAAUUAUUUGAUUAAUGGGAUCCACCUUCUAAAAAGAAAACUUAAGAGGUUAGAUAAAACAAAUAUCUCAGAGGAGAAAGAACAGAAAGAUCAGAAACUAGCAAUCGAUAAACCGACAGGAUUGAGAAAGUGGAUGAUCCUACUAUAUAAUCAAAAGAAUAAAGAUAUAGAUAAUAAAGUAAUAAUAUUCUUGAUGCUUUAUUUGAAAAAUCUAAUAAAUAAGAUAAUGUAGUUAAAUAAUAAGUAGAAAAAGAUAAAGAAUUACAAAUUAAUCCAAAUUUCAACUUCAAAACAAGUUAACAAAAGAAAUCUGAAAUCUUUGCACCCUUAGAAAUUUCAAAAUUAAAUUUAAAUGAUAAAACAUCGCCUUUAGACACUUAAUCCCAACAAAAAUAAAUUAAUUAACAACAUUAAGCACAAGAAUUAGAACUACCAUACUAGCAAUAAUAGAAUUCUGAAAUAUAAUUUGAAUAAUAAUAACAAUAGUAAAAAUAACAGUUAGGGUUAUAAGAAAAUUAGAGAAAUAAAAAUGCAGAAUAGUAAUAAUUAAAUGAAAAUAAAAUAGAAUCAUCAAAUUAAAAAUAGAAAUAAGAAUAAGAAUAGCAAUAAAAAUUAGAAUAACAAUAGAAGUAGGAAUAAGAAUAAUAAUUGAAAUUAUAAUAAUAAAAAUUAGAGGAACAAUAAAAAUACUAACAAUUAUAAUAGUAAAAACUAGAAUUGAAAUAAAAAUUAGAAUAAUAAUAAAAGGAUGAAGAAAACUAAUAAUUAAAAUAAUUAAAUUCUAUGAACAUGCCAAAAUAAUGUUAAGAAGAAACAAAACAAUCUUCAAAAUUAUUAGAAUAAUACAAAAAAUAAUUCGAUUAAAUUUUGAAAUAAAGUUAUGAGUAGAUCAUAGAGUAAUCAAUUGAUCAUUCAAAAGAAACAGAAGAUCUUAGAACAACUAAGCAAAUCAAUCAAGAAUCGAUUAUUGUCUAAUAAAAUACAAUAAGCUAAAAAUUAUAAUCAAUCAGAGAAAUUUAUGAGCAACCAAAAUUUAAAACAUAAAAUAAUAGCUUGUAUACAUUAGAUGAAGAAAAUUCAGUUGAAUAAAGCGUUUGUUAAGAGGAAGAUGAGAAAGAUAAAGUUUAAUUGAAAAGAUAAGCACUAUUAAUUUAAGAUAUCUUUAAUAGUAUGCCUGCAACUUAAUAAGGAUUAAAAAAAUAGGAAUCUGUAAAACAAUAAUGUUAUUCCAAAGACUUUCAAUCUCCUUCAUUAUCUUUAGAAAAUUCAGUAUAAUUAGUCUAAGCUUCUGCAGCAGAAUUACAAUUACCUCCGAUAUAAUCUUCAUUGAAUACAUUUUUUAGUAAAUUGUAGUUAAAACCAGAGAAGUCAAUAGAUUAAGUUCUCAAGUCAUAAACCUAAAAAGACGAGACCUCUGAAGAAAUUCCAUAAACUAAUUCAACUGAAUAAUCAUCUCAAAUGGAGAUUAAACAAACUAAAAUAAUAAAGUCCUUUUUAAAGCCUGAAUAAUGCUAAAAAUAAAAGAAUACUGUAGAAGUAAUGGAAUAAUAAUCAGCUAUUGAUUAUCAAAAUAACAGCGGCUUUAUAGAUUAAUAACAUGAUAGCUUUAUGUAGAUUUUACAAACAGAAAAGAAGCAAUAAGAAAGUAAAAAGAUUUAAAAUAUCUUAUCAAUUUUUGAUCAAAUCCAAAUCGAGCCAAAAAAAAGAAGUCCUCAUAGAAUCAAUUUGUUCAAAAAACAAGACUAAGAAAAUAGAAUUAAGAAAAUUGAUAUAAUAUCAGAUUCAGAUGGAUAAUUAGAUGAGAAUUUAACAGAAAUAAAACAUAUUCUUAAAGAAAAGAAUGAAUAAAUAAUAGAAAAAAAAUAAUCUCCAAAUAAAACUAAUAUUAAAUUGCAUAAAACACUAGUUACAUUUUCUGAGGAUAUUUCAUAAGUGGAGGUUUAAGAAAGAGUAAUGCAAGUAGUUAAAGUAGAUUAAAAUCUCUAAACUGUGUAACAUAAACAUUCUCCUAUAAAAAAGAAAUCUCCAGUAAAAGAAAAUAAUAUUUCAUCAAACAAAAAUCACACACUUCAGUCAAGUGAAUAGAAAAAUUUGACUAAGAUUAGCUAAAAUGCAGAUGUCAAACAACCUAAUUUUGAUAUUAAAAUCUCAGCUAACAAAGCUGAUAGAAAAUACACAUCAUCACAAACAAGAAUUCAAACUUUGAAUUGUAAUGCAGUUAGGCCAGAAAAAAUAUUCACUCCUUUAAGAAGCAGGAGAAAUAGCACUGCUAGAGGUUCAAGCGUUGACACUACUAGAUUUAAAUAAUUGUAGAUUGAAACAUAAAUAGUAGUUCCUGAUGCCUAGAAUUAAACCCCUUAAAUAAACAAUUUUGAAGCCUUGGAUUUAAGUAAUGCCAUGUAUCACAUUAAUCAAACAUUGAUAGAGGAUUCUACAAAGAAUACUCCAGUUGCUUAAGUUUUUGAUGUUCUAAAUAUCAAUUAGCAAUCUCAACAGAAACUUCUUAAGGAACCUCAAUUAAUUAGGGUUUCAUCUUCCUCUUAAAUACCCCCUUCUCUAAGAACUAACAGUGUGGGACCAACUACUAAAAAGACAGAAGUAUCUCCUAUGAAGGUUUCAAAAUAAACUAAAAAUGCUUCAUCUUCAAAAAGUGUAAAUGAUGAAACCAUCAAAUUAAAAAAACGAUAAUAAGAUAUAAUUUUAAGGAAAUUAUUCUUUAGAUUAGAUAUUCAUGUUAAAAUUAUUAAAUUAGAGUUUAUGUUUAAUAUGAAGUAGAGAACUAGAAAAUGA